AUGGCGUUUAACGCAUUUGCGAGCUCGGCAACGCUGGGCUUUGGUGGCGGGUCGACUCCGGCUGGAGGAUUCGGCUUUGGCAAUUUAGGAAGUGUUGCUUCCACCGCACCUCCUGGAGCUGGAGGCUUCAGCGCUACCGCCACCUCAGUCCCGGCUUUGGGGUUCAACUUUAGCGCUGGCGCAUCGACUUCUGCUGCAUCGGCUCCGGCACCGACUGGGACGACUAUUGGCUUAGGAGGAUUCGGCGCUGGCAAUGCGGCAUCUCCGUCCGGCCCGUCGGCUAGCGGCUUCUCAACAGCUCUGCAGCCCCCAGCGAACCCAGCGACACCGUUUGGUACUAGCGGAUUCGGUUCUGAAGCGGCUGCUUCAGCGGCUGCGCCAGGAACCGCAGCUCCAGCAGCCUCUACGCCGUUUGCCACUGCGAGCACCCUGGCUGCACCAAUCUCUGGAGGGGGUGGCUUUGGUGGCACGACAACCAGCGCGGCAGCAGCUCCAUUCAGCGGCUUCAGCACAACUACGAGCACCACCCUCGCUGCUCCCGUUGAUGCCACCCCUGCCACUGCACCAGCAAGUGCGUUACCGGCCUCAGGAGCCUUUGGCUUUGCUGUUGCUCCGGCUGCUUCAGCGCCGACUGCGAAGGCACCGGUGGGCUUCGGGCCAUUCGGUGGUGCAACUUCUGCAGCGACGCCUUCUGCUGACGGUGCCAAGACAUCCUCCAGCGGAGGGUUUGGGCUUAGCACCGGCAUCGGCGCCGCCCUCAAUGCCGCUUCCACACUCGGUGACGGCAGCACGAGCGGUCUUGCGGCUGCUCCAGCCAGCUUCGGUGGUAAGAGCUUGUCCCUGGCACCAGCCCCUGCUGCAGCUCCUGCAACUGGAGGGUUCGGCGUGACGUUGGCUAACCCAACCUCGGCUGGUGCUGGUGCUGCUGCUGCUGCGACCCUACCCGCCGCUGGUUGUGGUUUCAACUUCGGCAACACAGGCGCUGAAACAGCGUCAUCCGAUGCAGCAAAGACCGUCGGUGCCACAGCGUCUUCCGCAGCAACGGCGUCUCCUCCGGCAGCGGCCACAGGUGGAAGCACCGUGUUCACUGCGGCGGGUGCGACAUCCUCGGAGACAAGGGCUGAGAAGGCGCCGCUCUUGUCGACCGCGGCAGCUGCCGCCGCCUCGCCGUCGCAGGAAUUUGGCGGAAAGGGCCUCGGUGCGGUUCUACGCAAACUGGAUAUUGACGUCGCCUUAGAUCAGAGGAACUUCGCCGACCUUGCCCGCCACGUCGUCGCGCGCGACCGACAGAUCAUGGCACGUGGCCGAGAGUUGACCGAGGUUCAGUCAGUCGUGAAGGAUGCCUUGACAGCGGCAAAAAGCGCUGAGGCGACAUUGGCGGAGUGCAAGCAACGGCAAGCAGUCCUCUCUGAGUACUUGCAAUCUCUGGAAGACAAAGUGCAGCCAUACUACGCGCAAUGGGAGCAGCAGCAGCAGCACCAUUCGACAGACCCUCGCGGUGUGGACCAGCAGCGCGCAGUCACGUACGACAACGUUAUAGCGCUGCUAGAAGAGGUUCAGGGCGUGGAGGAGAAGGUGGGGCGUGCUAUACGCCAGCACAAUCACUCGCGCAACGAGCUGCUGGGUCUGAGCGAGAUUGAGGGGACGAUGCGGCUGAUCGACGGGCAGCUGUGCGCACUGCAAUGCUGCUCGGCGCUGGCCUCCGCGCUAGAGUUGGAGCUUGAUCGUCUGCUUGGUAAAGCGGCGUAG